UAACAUUGGAUAUUAGUUUAAUUUAGUGUCAAAUAACGCAAUGUUUAUUGAUAUUAGUUAGUUCUACCGAAAGUUAUUGCUUUAAAUAAUAAAUGCAAUGUAGUUUCACUUUAAUACUAAAAAGACUUGAAUACGACAUAUUACAAUGAAAUAAUUGAAGGCACUAAAUGCAGUAGAAGUAAUUAUAAAAAUGGUUGUAAAUGCGCCAGAUUCACCUACUACAGCAGAAGUUAUCUUUGUAAUAGAGGCAACAUCAGCAAAUAGUGCUUAUAUCAGUGAAUUAAAAACUAAUUAUAUUAUCCCUACAUUGGAGUACUUUCAUGGUGGAACAUUAGAAGAUGGGGUUGGUAGUGGAUCAACAUAUGGUGUAGUUGCUUAUCAAUCAUCUGAUUGCUAUCCCGGCUCUCCUGUCUCAACUUAUGGUCCUUUUACAUGCCCAAAAGAUGUUGUUGACACUGUUGACAAAAUACAAUACAUAGGAGGUCAUGCAGAAAAUAGAGCAUGUAUAACUGAAGCAUUAUCAAUGGCUCUAUCAUGCUUAGAAGAACUUGGGCGUACAGAUAUUCCACGACACAUUAUAUUACUAUGCUGUUCACCCCCUUAUUCUGCAUAUGCUGGUGGCCUAGUUCCUCCUGGCGCUCCCAGCACUGUGGAAGCAGCUGCACGAACAGUGUGUGAACGUGGAGCACAGUUGUCUGUGUUGUCACCGCGUCGAUUGUCCUCUCUAUUACCGCUCUAUGAACACGCUGGAGGGGAUCUUCAUGCUGCCCAGCAACGGAACUAUGCAAAGGAUCCACGUCACCUUGUUCUACUCCGCGGCUACAGUCUCAAGGAACGCCCACCCAGUCCUGCACCGCCCCCAGCCCCAGACAUACAGACAGACGUGUAUGGCCAAGGUCGUGGUGCUGUAGCAGGUCCUCGUGUUUCGGCGCCGUUUCCACGUGCAACGAAUCCAGCAGUACGUGGAAGUUGGUUAUCUGGUGUGUCGGGUGUGCCAGGUGUAGCUGGACCUCCACGGCAAUCGCUAUACACCAAUAACUCUGCUCUUCUGACACAGUUGGCUCAGCCAUCUUACCCGCCACCGCCGUCGCAGCGAAUGGUCCAACCUGGUCCAGUUAAUCCUGGAGUCAGCGGUGUGCCAACGUCAACCGGGCCCAAUGUUGGCGUGUCUGGUGUGGCCGGCGUUAGUGGGGUUGGGAAUGUGGGCAAUGUAGGCCCAGUGGCCAAUGUUGGCAAUGUUGGCCAAAUGCAGCGGACUUUCAUUUGGAGUGGGGUACUGGAAUGGAUGGAGAAGGGCAAAACGCCCGGUGAUCAACAGAAAGUCACCAAGCAUUUGCCCUGUCAGGUGUCAGCCAACUCGAAGGACAUAGAACCAGAACUGAAGGUGGAUACCUGGCCGAGCAAAUUGCUGAUGCAAUUGAUGCCGAAACAGUUGAUCAGUAAUAUCGGAGGACAGUAUCUUAAGGAUAGCAAGUCUGUCUUGUUCCACCUGCAACAAAAUGAGGCGUUAGAUGCUCUCACCAAAGUCAUGGUCAAUGGGUUUGCCGGCUGCGUACACUUCUCCCCGAUGCCGUCUCCCCCACAAUGUGACAUCAAAGUGCUGAUCCUCCUCUAUACCCCUGACAAGAAGGCAUACCUUGGCUUCAUACCCAACAACCAGGCUACUUUCGUCGACCGACUUAGAAAGGUUAUCCAGCAGCAGAAGCUUAGCAAGCAGCUGCCAACAGGCGGACCUUCGCCUGCCCUACCACCUGCCACUAUGCCAGGUGGGGGUAUGGGCAGUCCGGGAAUGUCUGGUGGGAUGGGAAUGAACCAGGGACUGCCGCCGCAACACCCACAGCAUGCCCAGCAAAGCAUGAUGAUUGGUGGCGGUAUGGGUGGUCAAGUUGGCGCCCAAGUUGGGCAGGUCGGGCAGGUUGGGCAAGUUGGGCAAGUGGCCAAAGGGCCGAGGCCGGUCAGCCAAUUGGACGGCUUAGAGGCGGCAAGGCAGCAGAACUUGGAGAAAAUACAACAUUUGCAACAAACCUUAGAGGCUGCUCAUCAACAGCUUCGCUUAAGUAACGUUUGUCUACAGGAGGCGCAGUUUAAGUCCCAGAUGGACAUAAUGUCUCACUUGCACGCCGCCCAACAACAGGAGCAACAUUAUAAACAACUCGAGGAGCAGCAACGUAAGCAUCAGUUGCAGCAAUUGCAGCAACUGCGGGGUGCGGCUGGUCAUCCGCCCCGGCUCAUGCCCAGGGGCAUCAUGCCCACCAACCCCGGGUUGAGGCAUUUAUUACAACAGCAACAGGCGGCGCCGCGACCCCAGCGUCCGCACAUGUGACCUCCGCACCGCAUAACAACCACAAUAUCGGCCGCAAGGUGGCGCUGUGCGUCCUACGGCGCAGUCGCAGCAGUUUGAUGAUGUCAAUAAUUAUAGCGAUUUUAUGUAAUUUUAAAUUUGAUAAAAAACGUUUUCAAAAUAUGUAUAGACAAUUAAAUUAAACAACUGAAGAAAAUUUUAAUUUGAGAAUUGAGGCAUAUAUAGCUUGCGUUUUAAGAAUAUUUGUCAUUUCAAAUAAAUUGCAUGUUAUUUGAAAAUUAGGUAUCGUUAAUUAUGAAGCUCCAAGGUUUUAUAUUAUGUUAGCAAUUAUUUUUAAAGCUGGUUCCUAAGUCCUUAAAUUGUGAAUAAAAAAAUCUAUUACCAAACUGAAUUGAGAAUCUUUGACUUGUUUGAUGUCAUAAAAUUUAAAUAGUAGUCAUGCAAGUGAAUGAAAUUGAAGAUUUGUAUGUAUAUAACUGUUUUUACAAUGUUAUUAAACGUAAGAAAGAUUA